AUGAGGGAGCGUGGUGGCCAAUUACGGCGAGGCCACUUUCCCUACUUGACCACCACCACUGCCCUGCCAAAUUCACUCGACCGCCAGCUGCUCAACGACGACGACGAGAACAAUAUGCCACCACGACCUGCCUCGGCUAUGACGAUGAAGCGCAUACAUCGUGAAAUUGCCGAUAUACAGAAGGAAGAUUUGGGUGGCAUGAAGCUGGCACCGAGCGAAGACAAUGUUCACGUGUGGAAGGGCACAAUACCCGGGCCCGAGGGAAGCGUCUACGAGGGCGGAUUGUUCGACAUAGAGGUCAUAUUGCCUUCGGAUUAUCCGUUCUCUGCUCCCAAGGCGAUGUUCAAAACGAAGAUAUACCACAUGAACGUACGCAAAUCGAUGUCUUGCGUGACAUCUAUUUACGGCUUAGACUGCUUCCCCUCAAUUGCGACACAAUACACGCGAAAUCGAAAGCAACACGAUUCGACGGCACGUGAAUGGACCGCGAUGUACGCCAAACCCAAGCCGAAGCCAGGCUUGCCCCCAGCCUCCAGACCACCUGCAGCACCUGCCCGUGCAACAACGUCAUCACACCAAGCCUCGGGUUCAGGUGCCUCAAGGAUAGGCGCAGCGGUAUCCCUUGCUGCGCGUUCACUGGGUUUGACGUCGGGCUCUGCAUCCACCCCGGCUUCAGCAUCGAGCUCUGCUGCUCCAUCAGGCUCCUCGACGCCUGUCGUGAUAGACCUGUCCUCUGACGAUGAUGCGGUCGCACCAAGCUCGAGAUCCAAGCGCAAACGACCGUCCGCGUCUGCCACAUCCACGUCCGCAUCGACAGGGGCUUCCUCCUCUUCCUCACAACCAAGGCGCCAACAGCCCGUCGUUGUAGAGCUGUUAGACUCUGACUCCGAGAACGAGGUGGCAGGUAUCGUUGGGAAUGAUACCGCGCCGUCGAGGAAUAGAAAGCGACGACGAGUAGCACCUGGGGAAAGGGAAGUUAUUGAGAUCGAUUGACCUCUUGUUCGUAUUUAACGCGUUUGGUUCCGCGUUGUAUUCUUUAUCUCUUCUCUCCUCAUUAUUUUGCUAGUUGCAUCAAUCAUCCGCUUAGUGUUUC